CUGAAAGCUUCCGUUGGUUCGCAAAGCGUGAUUUGGCGUCGCGUGAAAAGUGCAAUUGGAAUAAUUGUUGGUGAAAAUGAACGCCGAGAUUGAGGAAUUGCAGGCAAAGCUGAAUGAGUACGAGUCAUAUCUCGACGAGGUGGAGAACAGCAGACAGUGGCUCGAGGAAGAAAUGGAAGAAUUGGCUGACGAGAAGGAAUAUGGCGAAAUCGUGCUGGCUUUGCUUGAGCAACUGAAGGAUUUGUAUAAAAAGUAUUUUGUCCAACAAUUGUGGGAGUCUGAGGAGGAGUUGUCGUCCAGUGAGUCGAGCAAUUCAGAAGAUUCGGAAGAAGAAUCCGAUGCAGCGCAGAGCUACGAGGAGAUAGCCGCGGACAUACAUCGAAUAAUCAGCAAAGUCGAGACAUUUCCGGAGCACGUGCUGGCGCAGGAGAAGGAGGUUGAGAGACUCGGUGCGGAUCUGCCGAUGAAGCAACGCAGAGCUGAAGAGCUCGAGGCGAAUUGCGCACAGAUGGAGGACACUCUCCGGAAGAAGCAGACGGAGAGGCGUCAGAAGGACAUCGGGAUGAAAGCCCAAUUGCAGAGCCUUAAGAAGAAGAAGGAGAAGAUCGACGAGGAAAAUGCAGCGUUGGCAAAAGAGAUUCAAAAGUUGACUAAUCGACGAGGACUCAUGCGAACAUCCAUAAAUACGUCUCGGAUUUAUGUGAGGUCUCGCAGGGUUUGCUAAGCAUGUGAACGCCGGCUCGUUUUCUUUAGCGGUUGAAUGGAG